AGCAGUAAGCGCAAGCACUUUAUUUAAUUAGCUCAAGAUGGCGGCUUCAAAGUGUUUUUCAAUGGGUGCCGAGACACUAAAGGUCCCUAUGAGUCUAUUCUCUCUCAAUCGUCAGCGACUGAUGAAGAGUCUAUCAGAUAAUCCUGAGGUACCUAACACAGGGGCUGUACUGCUACUGGAGGGAGGGAAGCAGGAGACAAGAUACUGUUCCGAUCACGAGCCUGAAUUCAGACAGGAGUCUUAUUUCCAUUGGUUGUUUGGAGUGACUGAGGCUGACUGUUUCGGAGCAGUUGAGGUAUCUAGUGGGCGUGUCACUCUGUUUGUGCCACGCCUACCACCAGAGUACGCCAUAUGGAUGGGAGAGAUACACCCACCAGAUUACUUCAAACAGAAGUAUUGUGUUGAUCGAGUCUCUUUUGUUGAUGAGAUACCGUCUGUUUUAAAUGAGAUGAAACCAACAAUGCUGAUGCUACUGAAUGGUGUCAAUACUGACAGUGGUAAUACAUGUAAGGAAGCUUAUUUUGAUGGGAUAGGAAAAUUUAAGAGUGUCUUGAACAAUAAGCUGCUCCACCCCAUGAUAAUGGAAUGUCGUGUGAUCAAGACCCCAGAAGAGAUUGAGGUAUUGCGUUAUGUGAAUCAAGUUAGCAGCAAAGCUCACUGUGAGGUAAUGAGAGCCGUUAAACCAGGUAUGUUGGAGUACCAGCUGGAGUCUCUUUUCAAACACCACUGCUACUCCAUCGGGGGCUGUAGACACUGCUCUUAUACCUGUAUCUGUGGAACAGGUGUUAAUUCUGCUGUACUCCAUUACGGUCAUGCAGGUGCUCCGAAUGACAGGAAGAUAGAAGAGGGGGACAUGUGCCUCUUUGAUAUGGGUGGGGAAUAUUACUGCUUCACGUCAGAUAUCACCUGCUCCUUUCCUGCAAAUGGAAAGUUCACUCCUACACAGAAGCUAAUAUACAACGCUGUCUAUAGAGCUAGUAGGGCCGUACUCUCGGCUGUCAAGCCGGGCAUUAAUUGGGUUGACAUGCACUGUCUUGCUGAGUCAGCAAUCCUCUCUGCUCUUGUUGGGAUGGGUCUGUUGCUAGGCAACGUGGAGGACAUGAUGAGGGUCAGGAUGGGUGCGGUUUUCAUGCCUCAUGGGCUGGGACACUUCAUGGGCUGCGAUGUACAUGACGUGGGAGGUUACCCUGAGGGUACUACUAGGAGCACAGAACCAGGUUUGAAGAGUCUCCGAACAGUAAGAACUCUUCAAGAAGGAAUGUGCCUGACUAUUGAACCAGGCUGCUACUUUAUUGCUUGUUUGUUAGAUAAAGCAUUGUCUGAUCCAUCUCAGUCUUGUUUCAUUAAUAAAGAUAUGUUAGAGACACUGAGAGGAUUUGGAGGAGUAAGGAUUGAGGAUGACAUCAUAGUGACAUCAUCUGGUGCUGAAUUACUAACUGAUGUACCACGUACUGUUCAAGAGAUUGAGGAGUGGAUGCAGAAUGGGAACAAGACCUGGGGAAAGAAUAAUUGAAAUAUGACCCCCUCUUCCUUUUACUGACUAUGACCAUGCUAAUUAUAUUAUAUUAUUUGUAUUAUAAUGAAUACAAACUGAUUGCUAACUUAUA